CAUGAUUGGGCAGCAUAUAUGGUCAAUCAGCGAAACGUUUGUUGACGCCAGUCAUGUCGUUUAUUUUUGUGGUUUAAUUUGAAAAGAUGUCCACUGCAAAAAGUAUCGGCAAAACGGAGUACAUGAAAAAGAAAGUUCCGCGGAACCCUAAAUACCAUCAUGUGAAACCAAAGGUUGACACAGGCUGCAGUCUGAUAAGGUACAUGGAGAGAAUGGAGGAGCUCAAGAAAAAUUACCGAUAUAGAAAGGGUGAACUGUUCAAAAGGCUCAAAGUGUCAACAUUUGCUCAGCUGGUAAUACAGGUGGCCUCAGUGUCGGAUCUGACUGACAUGGCAGGGGAAGAGCUAGAGGAGAGUGUAUCAAUUCUGUCAGAGACAGACACGGACCGGAACAAUAAUUCUCCAGAUGGGAUGGCAGUCCUUAGUGAGGACUGUGAGUCAGAGUUUGGGCUCUCCCCAAGGUCCACACUGCAAAGUCUGAUAAGCGGCGUUGGAGAGCUGGACAUGGAUAAAUACGGACGGAGACAUAGAAAAGCCGCACCAGUACACAGCCCCAGAAUCAGCGAACAACCCUACCCUGACUGUCCCUAUGUUCUACUGGACGUGCGGGACAAAGAGGAAUAUGACCAAUGCCAUAUUAUCAGCGCAUACAGUUACCCAAUUGCAACUUUAUCUCGGACAAUGGACCCAUAUACAAAGGAAGUGCUGGAAUAUAAAAAUGCUUCUGGAAAGAUAAUCAUUUUGUAUGAUGAGGACGAGAGGAUAGCAAGUAUUGCUGCAACUACCAUGUUUGAAAGAGGAUUUGAGAAUGUAUUCAUGCUCUCUGGAGGGCUGAAGGUGAUCGCUCAGAAAUUUCCAGAGGGCAUGACGACAGGCACUAUCCCAUGCCUACUGUCUCCCAUGGCAAUCCGGAGUCUGAGACGCAGCCAGCUUGGUCAGGGUUUAUCUCCUGCUGAGAAGAAGUGCCGAUUCUCCUUCCAGGAUAUCAGAAAGAUCCAGGAGCUCCAGGAGGAGAUGCUGGUUCCCUCGUCAUCCAGUGUGUCCGUAUUAUCCAAGAGCAGCUCCCUGUCGAAAUCCGCCAGCAGAAUUAGCCAGAGGACUCCCUCUUUGGCAGGGACAGAUGGCUCCAGGUCACAGAGGAGUCGCCCCUGGAGAUGAAGUACUCCAGCUCCAAGCCUUUUGAAUGUUGUUCUGAGAUAUUCAGUGUCAUUAAGUGCUGGCUCUGUCCACUACUUCUUUCCUGGAUAGUUCAAAUGGGUUGCUUUUAAAAGUGUAGAUAUUUCUCAUUCAAUUGAUGAGUGGUGGCCAGAUUUAUUUUGAUGAAAUACC